AAAAAAAAAGAAAAUUCAAGUGCGAAUACUGAUCGAUAAUUGAAGACAAAGGAAAAUCGUUGACGUGAUGAGGCAGAGGAACGUUCUGUGCUUUCUAUGGAUCGUUACGAUCCUGAGAAUAGAGGAUUUCGUGGUUGCUGAAGUUGAUCCGGCAAUUUUGUCAGAAUCUGAUUUGAGUCAUUUCCAACAGAGUCAUUCAUCACAUGAUCCACGACCACGUCUCUCAGCUUCUCAACAGGCCCAAAUACUAAGCGACGUUCAACAACACCAACAACGGUUUCAUCGAUCCCAAGAGUUAUCCGAUACUCGAGGAUCUUUUUCAAAUUUCGAGCAAGCCGCUUCAAAACCACAAACUAGUUUAUCUUAUUCAUCUCUAGCAAAGUAUAAAGUAGAUCGUGCAAAGCAACAACAACUUCAGCAAUUGUACCAACAACAACAACAAGUACAACAGUUGAUACAGGAACAACAAAAAAUAGCACAACAACUCAAUAAUCCAAAUCUGAAUAGUCAAAUCCAGUUUCAAUCUCAACCUAUCAAACAACAGCAAUUCCAACAACAAUAUAGUAGCCAAUAUCAAAACACUAACAAUCAUUUUCAAAAUCUUCAACAAGAUUUGUCGCAACCUUUGUUCAAUGAUCGACAAAUGUUACAAUUACAAGAAUAUUUAGAAAAACAACGUGAAUUAGAAUUACUGCAAAAGCAAAGACAACAAUUAUUAUUGGAACAACAGGAGUUACGAAGACAGCAGGAAUUGCUGAGACUUCAACAACUGCAGAAACUAACCUCUACAACUUCGUUACCUAUUUCUGUCACUUCUGCUAGCACCAUAGAUGUCAGCACUACAGCGACUCCUGUACUCGUGUCACUACCAACGAGAAAAAUUACUCCAUCGGAAACAGAUCUAUUUCUAAAGGCAAUAGCCACUCAUCAAAAGAAAUAUUCUACCACUACACCGAUUUCACCUAUAACAACCACUAUAAGGACCUAUAAACCCACUUCGACAGUUUCGCCCAAAACCUAUCAAGAGAAGAUAACAGUAACUUCGACUAUACCAGAAAAUCUAUUGGGUUUGAUUCAGGAACAACAGAAUCAAUUCAUUCAACAGGGUAAACCAAAACCUCAAAUCAAAAUCAUAUAUCAAACUGAGAAACCAAUGACUUCGAAGAAUAUUACAACAAAAACUAGGUCUACUUCAUUAGGAUCAGAAAGAGAAAUUUUGCUGAAACAAUUGAAAUUGGCUUUAGCUCAAUCUGUCGACGAUGAUGCAAGGAAUGUUAAUACAAGAGAUAUCGUGCUUCCUAAUGGAAAAAAAGUUCAGUUGAUCGAUUCUUCAAACAGUCUAACCUCUAAUAUCCCAACCGAUGGAUCAACAUUGACUACCUCUACUUUGGCGUUAAUUACCUCGACUACGACUAUCAAACCGCCAAAAGCUAUUUUUGAGGAAUUAACAAAGGGUGUGCUUCCUCCUGGAGCAGAUUUUGAAAUCAUUAGACAAAAAAGCGAUGGAAAAUUAGAAGAGAUUGGGAAAACACCGAUUCACAAUCUACCAGCGAAAAAGGUAACAUUUGUCGUAUUGGAGGAGCAGCCUGAUGGUAGUUAUAAGAUACAAGGGGUAAAAGGAAAUGCGGAUAAAGAAGGAAUUGAAGUAAAGUCUAUCGUAGAAAAAAUUAAAAAAGGAGAGUUAAAAUUGCCACCAAGUUCGUCGAAUGCGACCACUGUUGGUUCACUUCAGAAUUUCGCAUCUAGUUUAGAUCCAAAAACGAUUUCGACGAAACAGAGUAUUGUAACAUCAAUUCCAUAUACUACCUCUAGAUCAACUACUGCAAGAUCUACUUCUGUUUCAUCAAGGUACACAGAAAGCAAACCAACUGAGCACUUUCCUCAUGUGACAAUCUCUCCAAAUUCCGUGUCAACGACUGACAAAUAUCUAUCUUCAGCAUCGAGUGUCACAAGCCAUGUAUUCAAUUCUCUCAAGACUGCCAACACUACUCCUAAAUUAAUCUCUUUAGAUCAGGAUAAUCGAGUCACAACGAAAUAUCCAACUGUAACAAGGAACCAUUUCAUCCCAACCAUGGCUCCUGUCAAUGAAAUCAUUACGACAACACCUGCAUCAGUGCCGACGACUUUCUCACAUCAUUCGACCAAUUCUUACAUUCACUUUACUUCACCAUCUAGUGAAACUUUACCGAGUUUAAAAACAAUUCAGACCACUACAAGACCAUUGAUUACCUUACACAACGAAAAUAUCAUCUAUCAGGACACUUUCGAAAGAUCUACUAUCAUGCCGACCAUCGAAUUGCCUACGACGAGAAAUCAAAUACAGGAAAGUUUGAUCACAUUGUUGAGGAGAGAAGGAUUGUUUGCAAUGGCUAAAUAUCUGAGGCAGUCAGGUCUGGAUAACGUGUUGAAUGAAACUGGUCCAUACACAAUAUUCGUUCCGACGGAUAAAGCUUUCAGAACGCUCUUAGUACAACUUGGUGGCCCAGAAAAAGCAGAACAAAAAUUCCGAGAUAAUCCACGACUUCUUAGUGGACUUUUACUACACCAUGUGAUACCAGGAGCUUUCAGAAUUGAUUCCUUGCAAGAUGAAAUGACUGGUGUUAGCUUGGCUGGAACGCAAUUAAGAGUGAACGAAUAUGCAAUGCAUGAUCAUGAAUGGAAUGACAUAAAGGUUAUAACAAUAAAUGGUGCAAAAGUGGCGUCAAGUAAACGAGAUAUCGAAAUACCUCAAGGCAUCGCCCACGCUGUAGAUAGGGUAAUGUUCCCACUUCCGGUUGGCGAUUUGAUACAAACAUUACAAGCUGAUCGUGAAAGAAGAUUCACCAUUUUCUUAAAAUUACUUUACAUAUCAGGUCUUCAAGAUACUUUAUCAGGACCUAAAACUUUCACCAUUUUCGCUCCAACGGAUUCCGCUUUCGAAUCAGCUUCAAAAGACGGAACAUCUGUUUGGACAGAAGAAGAUGGACCAAAUGCUGCAAAAACAAUCAUUUCGAGACAUAUAAUUCCAUCGACUUUAUAUACAGCUGGAAUGAGGUAUUAUCUGCAAAAAGAUACUCUUCGUCCGCAAUCACCUCUCCAUAUUCAUAAAAAUGGUGGUCGAGUACGAAUAAACGAAGCACAUGUAAUAACGCAUAAUAUACCAGCAACAAAUGGAGUUUUACACGCAAUUGACAAUAUAUUAUAAUCGUGCAACAACAAUUAAAUUUACUUUUAAAAAUUAUGCGUCUUACACAAAAAUGCAUAUUUCAAUAACAAAAUAUGAAAAUUAUUUAUAC